GCGGAACUGGCUCAAGAGCUUGCCAACAUCCAAGCACAGAAAGCUGAAGCCGAUAAGCGCCGCAAACAACAGGAAGUACAAUAUUUGGACAUGCAAUCUCAGUUAGCCGAAUGUGAUGAGCAUCGUCUUCAAGUCAUAGAGCAGCUCGAAAAGGCCCGCGAAGAGCUUGAGCACAUUAGCCGUGCCCGUGAAGAUGAGGAACAGAAUGUCUCUAGUCUGACUAGAAAGAUAGCGACGCUUGAACAGCAGCUCCAUGAGCUUGCUGAUCAAGUUCAGGAAGAAACCCGUGCCAAACUUGCUCAAAUCAACCGAGUACGUCAACUCGAGGAAGAGAAGGCGACUGUUGCUGAAGAACGAGAUGAAAUUGAUGCUGCACGUCAACAUCUUGAACGAGACAUCGGCGUUCUUCGCUUGCAACUGGCUGAAGCACGCAAGAAGGCCGACGAAGGUGUCAUCCAGCAAAUGGAGGAGCUAAGAAAGAAGGCAAGUAUAACCCAGUGCGAAAUUGUUUUCCCAAAUUCCUUUUUUAUUUCGCGUUUUCUUGCUCAUCUCGUUGUUCUCCACUGCUGCUAA